AUACAGUGAGAUGUGGGACGUGACAGCAGCAGAAGCUCCUCACAGCACUCCAGCGUUCGAAAGGAAUUUCAUUCCGUCUGGAGCUAUGACCUCGUUUUAAAGUGUGUGAGUAUAUUUGGCGAAUGCGUUGGACACGAGCUCGUUCUGUAGAUACCAUAAUUUUGUUGAUGGAGAGGAUUUCGAAUGACAGCCGGCACAGUGGUCAUCACAGGCGGAAUUUUAGCUGCAGUCAUCUUGCUGACUAUUGUUACAGUUUUAUGUUACUGUAGACUGCAGUAUUACUGCUGUAAAAGAGAGGAGUCGGAAUGGGUGGAGGAGGAGGCUGACGUCGCCGAGGCAUCACCAAGUCCACCACGCCAACCAAGUGCACCUGAAAGUCCACUGAGUUUUCAUCAUUUUCCUGAAUACGCAUCCUCCAAUCAGCUGCUAAUGACUGUAGAGCCUUUUGAGCACAAUGGACCAGUCACCUAUCCUCACUACUCCCCGCGAAUGUCCUGUAAGCCCAACCACUCUUACACUUUCUGCCCAUCCUGUUCUGGGUAUCUGCCACUGUAUACGAGCCCUCAGGAUGGCCUGCGCAAUGGAGGUGGCAGGAUCAGCUACAGAACUGUGCAGCAGGAGAAGCUAGACCUGCCGAUGGACACGCCCAGCUUCCACAAACUCAACCUCAUCCGCUCUGUCACCAUGCAGGAGGUUCUGACUCAUCACAGCAUCAGCACUGAUGUGUAGAGCCUAUUCUGCCCUGCAAAGCUGAAACACAGUAACUACGGCAACUAUGAAAUAGAGAAAAGUCCUCUGGUUUUUGAUUGUCCAGUCAAAUGUGGAUUAUAAACCUGUCUCUGAAUCUGAGCAUAGCUGAGCCAAACACAUCUGCCACAGGACAGAUCAGUCUUAGAUGUCCAAUUUUGUUAUAAUGAAAUUUGCCUUUGCAGGGUAGUAUUGUUCACCUGCAGUAUUGUGAAAGCAAUGUCACAUAAAAUCCCUAAAAACUGCUUUUAAUAACCAAGUCUUUAUUUUAUUGAUUUUCAUUUAGCUUUCCUAAGAUGACAUUUGUGUGGCACUUUAAGAUUAGCCAUUACAUUACAGGGAGUACUUGGAAAGAUUUCUUUAUUUUUUUAUUGCCUUGUUAACUACAAAAUAGAGAGCUAAAGUAAAAAUAUUAGGGCUGUCUAAUGGUUAAAAUAAUUAUUCACCAAAAAUCUAUGCAUUUGUUUUUACAUAGAUUAGUUUAACACAUUCAGUUCCAUUUAAAGUAAAAUUAGUAUAAUAUGAGUUAAAAGGAACACAUAUCAAGUUUGGCUUACAGAUGAGGCAGUUGGGAUACCCAGGCCAAAAAAAGGUUCAUCAGAAGGAGUCUUGAACAAAGGCAUCAGCUUUAUUAUGUAUACUUGCUCUCCUCAUGUGUAACUAAUAGGGCUUUUAUGGUAUUAGAACUGGACAAUACAUUUAAUAAGAAUGGUUCACAUUAAUUUUCUGGAUCACAGGACAUUUACUGCUGUAGUGAACUAGAUAAUUAAAAUAUAUUGUUUUGAAAUGAUGGUGAGGAUGUGUAUUAAUGUUGUGAAAUUAUAAUGCAAACUCCAUUCACAGUUUUACCGUACAUUUAGGUUUGUGAAUUUUUGUGUCUGUCUCUGUAAUCCAACUGACUGAUUUUAUAAUUGUAUGAAUUCAGAUUUUUGUGUUGUGGCACUCAAUUGUCAAUUGUUUUUUCAUUAAAAGAUAAAACAUUUUUGAAAAGAUACAAACAUUGUGAAGUCACAAUGAUCUGCUUAGUUCUAAGUGUUUAUAAAAUUAUUAUCUUUUACCUUUUUAUUUGUUCAUGAAUAUCAAUUUAACAUUUGCAGUGUGAAGUUUUUUUGGUGCUUGUUCGAUAAGUUGGUUUUGAGCUCUUAUGAUGUGAUAAAUGAACAUAUCCUGAUACUGAGGCCAGCAGGUGGCAUCAGUUCUUGGGCAGAGAAAUGGUCCAUUCUGCACUUUGGUACAAUUAAAAAGUCAU